ACUGUGUUUCACCCACACACACCCAUCCAGGAAAUGUAGAAAUUGCCAAGAAAGAAAACCAUAAGAAAACAGUACGGCCAACAUUCUAGGGUGCACGUAAAUGUUACUAGCUUGUUUUGAAAUCGUUCUGCAAUAAUCCUUCUUCAGCAAUCCUCGUGGCUCGGAUGAGAGACGUAAACAAGAAAUUUUUAUAUCGCUGACCCACGCGAAUUAUAAAGAAUGUCAGAGACCAACGAAUUAAGUUACAUCGUAAAUAACGUUAAUUCGUCCCAAAGAAUAUCGACACCUUCUAAACUUGGGCUAUACCUGAUGGGAAUAACAGGUGGAAUCGCAACAGCCAUCAGUGUGAUAUGCGUUCCAUUCGUGAGUCCUGCAUUCCGUAAAAUUUGUUUGCCCUACGUUCCAGCAACAACUCAACAGGUCCACAACGUUUUAAAGGCCUUGGAAGGCCGUUCUGGAUCUUUAAUAGAUCUUGGAAGUGGAGACGGACGUAUAGUGUUUGCAACAGCCAAGGCUGGCUUCAAAGCUUACGGCAUUGAACUGAAUCCUUGGCUGGUAUGGUAUUCCAGACUAAAAGCUUUGAUUAUAGGAUCGCAGACAAGAUUUAUUAAUCAAAAUUUAUGGAAACAUAACUUGACAAGGUAUGACAACGUGGUCUUGUUCGGCGUUGAUCAAAUGAUGUGCGAUGUAGAAAUGAAGUUUAAAAAGGAAUUGCGAGACAAUUCUGUCAUAGUCGCUUGUAGAUUUCCACUUCCUACGAUGAAUUCAAUUGAAACAGUCGGAGAAGGUAUCGACGCUGUUUGGGUCUACAAGAUUUCAAGAACCGAUUAAAACCGGUGUACCUAGGUAUGAGAUCUGUAUAUUUAUGUUUAUACAUUGUAAAUAUUGUUUAUCGUUAUAAAUAAAUCAGAGUAUACAUCAGA